GGGAUGGAAAAAAAAAGAAAAUGUCCCCCUUAAAGCGAACUUCCUUCUUACAUAACCCCGAGGGGCAUAAACAGCGGAUGAAGGGAAGAGGCCUUUCCAUGCACGUAGUUGUGCAUAUGUGGGUACACGGUUUGUCCUUUUUUUUUUUUCUUUCUUUCUUUCUUUCUUUCUUUUGCGGGACGUUAGAAACGGAUAAAUGCAAUUGGAGCGAAGUGAAGCUCUUCGAAAGGAAGAAACGAAAGACAAUCAGGGGAAAAGUUGUUUCCCCACAGCUUCCCCUCACCUUUUUGCAGAUAAUAGGCACUUCCCCGCUCGAACGGCAAAUUGGCUUCCCUUCCCCAUCUCUACCGCCAGCACUGCUCCACUCGCGCGUGGAAAUUUCUGAACGUUCAGAAAUAUGCACACUUUUUACCUUGCCCGUUAAGGUGAAAUAAGUUGCACCAGUUUGCAACGGGCGGGGAAGAAGCGUGCCCACGGGGGAGGUACACACGCGCAUACGCGCGUAACAACGUGUAAACGCGUGAAUGGGUAGCUCACACAUAAAUACACCCCCGCGGAAGUAGAAAUGCGAAGUGGCAAGGACGCAGCAGGAAGGGAAAAAAAAAUAGCCAAACGGAUAGCCAAAAAGUGGACAAAAAAUGGACAAAAAAUAGCCAAACGAAUAGCCAAAAAAAAAGUGUAAAAAAAAAAAAAAAGUGAAAAAAAAGUGAAAAAAAAACAACAUCACUGCUGACCUUUCGCUAGCCACCCUUUUAACCGCUGGAAAAAGUGAAGAAGUCCAGUGCAGGCUAGAUGGCCAUUAUGUCUGUUGCCUUCUCGCCAUAAACCUGUUUGAUUCGUCCUUUUGUUUAACACCUUGCGGAAGUUUACCUCUUUUGGGAAACUCAAUUAAAUUAUAUGUUUUUGUGAAGGGGGGGUACUUACAACAUGCACUGAGCAUCUUUUUUUUGUUUUAUUUUCCCAAUCUUUGUUGCAUUUUCGAUAGCAGUUAAGUUACACUUCUGAUUUGCAAGCGUUCGCAUGUGCGUUGUGUGUAUGUCUCUCUUUUUUUUUUUUAACCCUGUGUGAGCAGCCCAAUCGCGCUGCACAAUUUAGCCUUAUGAUCGUGAAAUUAUUUCGCAGUCCGCCUUUUUUUUUUUUCCCCUUCCGUUUUGUUACCAAUUUGAGCCUUCCACUGCGCAUCGACGCACACCACCACUUAUCACCGAUUACCUCUGCACACCGCCGCGAACCCCCGCAAACGCAAUGGAGUUCUCUUCCUACGCCGGGCUGAGCUCUGAGCGCCUGGCCUGCCUCCGAAACCUUGACAUCCGCCGAAAGUCCGUGUACAACGGAACGAACUUCUCCUACGGGAACAGCAUUUACGACGUCCUACACAACUGCAGCACGGAGCAGUUAAAGAGUGGGGAAGACACGGCUGGCGUCGAUCCGUUUGGCAAUAGGUACGCCCCGAAGAGCGUCGGCCACAACUGCGGCCACAACUGCGACCUCAACUGCGACCUCAACUGCGACCUCAACUGCGACCUCAACUACGCGGGCCUUCGGUCGGAAAUUAAAAACAGCAUUAAUGUGCGCAACCGAAGAAUCAAAAGUAACUUGAGCCUCCACGGGGGGGAGACCCUAAAGGACACCAUACAGCACAAUGUAAGCGAAGAAGAGGCCAGCAACCCCAGGCACUUCUUUUCGGAAAAAGGUUACGUCUUAACUCCCAAGAGGUCCCUAGCCAGGCACGUAGACGAUAGCGAAAUCGAUAAGUAUUUUUCCACCAAAUAUGCCGUGACGGACAAGGCCAGCGGGCGAACGGAAAUUAUGGUGGAGAGGAAACCCGGGUGCUCCAAUAUCAUCGUGCAGAACUUCUCUGAGUUUGAUGCCUACGCGACGUACAAGCGACAGGACGAGCGGAAGAAGGGCCGGGACUCCUUCGUCCACACGAAGAUGGGCAUCGUGCCGAAGGACGGGACACCCACGGAUGAUAAAAAAUGCAAAGCGCGCGCUCUCUUUACGCACGUCCAUCGAAGCGACAACAUCGCGCCCGAGAAUUAUUGGCUCUGUCCCACUGUGGAUAGCGAGAAGAAAAAAAAAAAAAAAAUUUUUGCCUAAACGUGGGCGUUAUUUAUGUGUAUAGUGCACGCUCGCCGCGUUAGCCGCGUUAUUUCGUCGGGCCAACCACUCCGAUUUUGCGGCUCCUUCGCCGCUGCGCUGGGGCGUUUCCCCCCCGCGUAGCCUCCUCGAGUGAGAGCGCCCUAACACAGCAGUAACGAUUAAUGUGCUUCGUUUGUU